AUGAUUAUUGAUGAGCCUGUUGAGGAAGAACCUGUACAAGAAGCUGAGGUUGAAGUUGAGAAUGAUGUUGAAGCUGAAGCUGAAACUGAGAAAGAAAAAGCAAUUGUUGAUGUUCAGAAAGAAAAAGCUGUGGAUGAUAUAGAAGGUGAUGAUGUUGACAAAAGUACUACGAGCUCUUCUAGUUCUUCUGAUGAUGAGAUCGAUGAAACUGAACGUGGAAGGAAGAAAGUUGGUGCGAGAAAGAGGAUUGUAUCUCCGAAGAUUAAAAAGGUUACUCAAAAGAUCAAGAAGCCAACAAAGAUCGUUCUGAAGAAGAAAUCUUCCCAAGAACCGAGUAAACCACCACCACCACUACCUGAACCAAUACCACAUCAAUCACCUAUACAAUCACCACUUCAUCAAUCACCCCCAAAACAACCAACACCACCAAGACAACCAUCACCAUUCCAUCUCACACCACCACAUUCACCACAACAAAUUCGUACUCUUACACUACCACAACAACAAAGUUUACUUACAUCUCAACAAAUAUUCCAAACUCCACAACUUGCACAACCACCCAUUCAAACAACACCUAGUUCUUCGGGAUACAAAGGUUUUCCAACCGUUCCUCAUAAUUUGAAUGAGGGUCUUGAUGAUAUUGGAGAUUUUGAUUGGGUAACUUAUGCACAACGGAAGAAUGUUGAUUAG